AUGAUGGAGGCGCCCAUCAAGGAUGGGGUGGUAUCAUCGCCAUACCCACCUGUAGAGUUGAUCCAAGAUGAGACAUUGUAUCAGCACAUCCAGAAGCGCUUCCUGGAACAUGGUGAUAAACCAGCGCUGGAACGGAAUGGGGAAUUGCUGACCUUCGCAGAUGUUUUAUCUCUCAUUGAGCGAUACGCCAUUGGAUUCCAGCGGUAUGGUGUAUCCUCCGGGAGUAGAGUAUGCGUUAGUGCUGCGAAUUCUGCGGAAUCACUGAUCGCCGCGUACUCCCUGUGUUGCCUCGGCGCCACUGUGGUCUUGGUCAAAACAACUCUACCAGAACACCCUACACCCGACUUCGUGUGCGUUCGAGACUUCGAGCGGAACGAUUGCAGCGAGUUUCAAGCGCCGCGAAUUGAAGACACUAAAAACCACAUCAUGCUCCAAGUUUACACAUCAGGCACCACGGGUCUUCCGAAAGCACUAGAGAUCAGCAUGUACGCGUAUAUUACGAAGGUGGAGUAUAGCAGGGCGACCGAGUUUUUCGAGGACAAAGACGUGGUCCUCGAAUGGAAUCCACUGACGCAUAUGUGUGGAUUCGUCAUACCGAUGAUUGCCUUCCUCACGGGAGCCAUGGUGGUGCCGUCAACGGGAGGACUGUCUCCAAAAGAGUUCGUCGAGAUUGUCAACAAACAUCAGCCAAGCCGAGAGCGACGCAAGGUAUUCGAGCUAGAGAGUUUAAGGAAUGGUUACGGCAUGUCUGAAGCCAUCGGAUUUAUCUGUAUGACAGCGCCGAAGACAACCGGAUAUCGCAGCGUCGGUUACCCAGUGCCAAUGGCGGAAUACAAGAUAAUCGACAAUGCUAGUGGUCGAACACUUGGUCCUUUGGAAGUGGGCGAGAUCACUUUUCGCGCACCGCACCUCAUGAGGGGCUACUACAAACGGCCAGACGAGACUGCCCAAGUAUUCGAUGAGCAGCGAUGGUUCCGAAGUGGCGAUGCCGGGUAUUAUGACCGCACCGGCCAGCUAUACAUUGUGGAGCGCCUCAAGGAUAUGAUCAAGUGCUUGGACCAGCAAGUGGCUCCCGCAGAAUUAGAGGCUCUUCUGACCCAGCACCCGCUUGUUCUGGAAGCUGCAGUUGUUGGCAUCGAUCAUCCAGAAUUCGGAGAAGCACCAACCGCUUUUGUGGUCAUAGAGCCUUCCGCCAAAGGACUCGUCAGCGAAGAUGAGCUAGUGCGACUUGUUUCAGAUCAAACAGCCUUUCACAAGAACCUGCAUGGCGGUGUUGUUUUCGUGGAUAUCAUUCCAAAGACGGACACGGGAAAAUACAUACGAAGGAAGCUGCGUCAAGGCCACCUGGAUCUUCUCAAGAAAUCAUGCUAUCAGCCUUGAUUCACCUGUCUACCUGUGACCGCUACUAGUUUAGGGUAGCAUCGGCGGUCUGUUUGGUUGGUUGUAGCAUAUUUAAAAAGCAGAAAACGAUACAGUGGAGAGACUGCAUGAUACGGGCACUGACCUACAAUGUAAUACGUGAGAGGGAGAAAUAACAUGCAGGAUUGCGCACGCAACGUGAAUAUAUGUAAAAAGUUAAAGGCUUCUUUGUGUCAUGAAGUGUUGUGCAGAAAUGCAAAUGCACAGUGCAACAGCGCU